AUGAUCUCCGAGGGUGGGAGGCUAGUGGAUAAGAAGCCUCUAAAAGGUUAUCUGCCGGAGAGGAUAUGUCGCGUGCUUUGCUCCUUGGCACUGGUCUUCGUGCUGUCGUUCCUCGUCUCGUCCCUCUUUUUCCUCCUCCUAUCAGCGACACUAUCCCCGCUACUGACAUCCCUGCUUCGCUAUGGCGCUCCAGCGGAGCCAGCCGAUGCGGGAGGGAGAAUUGCAUUCAUGUUCCUGACGCGUGGACCGCUGCCAUUGGCUCCUCUGUGGGAGAAGUUUUUCUAUGGCCACGAGGGUCGCUACGCCGUGUACGUGCACGCCUCGCAGCCCAACUUCACAUUCCCCGCCAACUUCUCGCCAGUCUUCGUUGACCGGCAAAUACCAGGCGGCAAGGUGGAGUGGGGUCGAAUGUCCGUCGUGGCUGCCGAGCGACGCCUGUUGGCCUACGCCGUCACGGACAAGCGAAACGAGUACUUCGUCCUCGUCUCGGAAUCGUGCAUUCCGCUGUGGUCGUUCGACUACAUCCACGAUUACAUCUCCAGCACGCACAUCAGCUUCGUCGAGGCGCACAGGGACCCGUUUGACGAGGCGUUUGGGCGGUACCUGCCGGACAUCCACAUGCCGGCCAUCCGGCAAAAGGACUUCCUCAAGGGCAGCCAGUGGUUCGUCAUGCAGCGCCGCCACGCGGAGCUGGUGGUGCAGGACACGGAGCACUACCUCGUGCACUCCAAGUCCUGCCAGUGGAGGGCGCAGCACUCCAAGUACUGCUGCUCCGACGAGCACUACCUUCAGAUCCUCCUCGCUCUGAAGGACCCAGCGGGAAUCUCGCGCUUCCCCGUGACCCUGGCGGACUGGAGCCAGUGGCGGUUCCACCCCGAGACGUACUACUCGUACAACAUGACCAACGACCUUUUCAAAACCAUCAAGUCCACUAAGCACUAUAUCCAGUACCGCUACUACUGGAAGAAGUUCAGAAAUCGAUAUACCUAUAUUGAAAACCCUAAGAAACCCCAACCUGCUCCAACGGUUGAGAAUGGUUUCUGUGUCGUGGAGGGCACUGUGCGGAACUGCUUCCUGUUUGCAAGGAAAUUCCACGUGUCCUCAUUGCCGUACCUGCUGAAGAACUCGCAGCAGGUCCUUGCGUUUCUCUUCUUGACACGUGGACCACUCCCAUUCGCCCCGCUCUGGGAGAGAUUCUUCGUGGGGCACGAGGGCCGGUACUCCGUCUACGUGCACGCAUCUAACACCUCCUUCGCCUUCCCUGUUGACUCGCCUGCCAUUUUAAAAGACAGUCUGAUCCCGGGGGGAGAGGUGCGAUGGGGGGGAAUAAGCAUGGUGGACGCGGAGCGGCGGCUGCUGGCAGCGGCGUUGCAGGACCCCGCCAACCACCACUUCGCGCUGCUCUCCGAAAGCUGCAUUCCGCUGUGGUCGUUUGACUUCGUUCACCAAUACGUCGCCUCCACCUCCGUCAGCUUCGUCGAUUCAUACCCCGACCCGUACAACGCGACCUUCCGCCGCUACAUCCCGCACAUCUUCAAGCCCCUGGUGGGCGCGCAGGACUACCGCAAGGGCAACCAGUGGUUCGUGCUGCAGCGGCGCCACGCGCAACUGGUGGUGCAGGACACGCAGCACUACGCCGUGCACAACCGGAGCUGCGCGGUAAGGCUGGGAAUGAAGGGAGAUGGGUAG